AGCAACAUCCCAUCAGGAAGAACCUGAGGUGCCAUCCAGUAGCUUCACCUCACGUCACUGACUGCCCUCAGUCAGAAAUCUUGACUUGCAACUUUGGAGGGUGGAUCUCUGAAGGAAUUUCAGGGCUUACACAGAGAUGAGGUGUGUUGCUCUCUGAGGAGAACGAAGCUGGCUGGAAUGCUGGAAGCUGCUCUCUGACUAUACUUCACAAGCAAGGGGCACCUUUUGUGGACUGACAUUUCAGAAAGGGAUGUUGUGAAACAAAAGGAGACAUUUAUAUAUAUACAUACAUAUAGUAUUUGAGUUCCUCAGUAGAAGCUAUCAUAUAUACUCAGAAUGUUUUGGACGUUUAAAGAAUGGUUCUGGUUGGAAAGAUUCUGGCUUCCUCCAACAAUAAAGUGGUCAGAUCUUGAGGAUCAUGAUGGACUCGUCUAUGUAAAACCUUCUCAUUUAUACAUGACAAUUCCAUGUGCUUUUCUCUUGCUGAUUAUCAGACGUGUAUUUGAAAAAUUUGUUGCUUCACCUCUAGCAAAAUCAUUUGGCAUUAAAGAGACAGUUCGAAAGGUUACACCAAAUACUGUCUUAGAGAAUUUUUUCAAACAUUCCACAAGGCAACCAAUGCAAACUGAUAUUUAUGGACUGGCAAAGAAGUGUAACUUGACGGAGCGCCAGGUAGAAAGAUGGUUUAGGAGUCGGCGGAAUCAAGAGAGGCCUUCCAGGAUGAAGAAAUUCCAGGAAGCUUGCUGGAGAUUUGCAUUUUACUUAGUGAUCACUGUUGCUGGAAUUGCAUUUCUUUAUGAUAAACCUUGGCUAUAUGACCUAUGGGAGGUUUGGAAUGGCUAUCCCAAACAGCCCCUGCUGCUAUCCCAGUACUGGUACUACAUUUUAGAAAUGAGUUUUUAUUGGUCUCUGUUAUUUAGACUUGGCUUUGAUGUCAAGAGAAAGGAUUUUCUAGCUCAUAUCAUCCACCACCUGGCUGCUAUUAGUCUGAUGAGCUUCUCUUGGUGUGCUAAUUAUAUUCGCAGUGGGACCCUCGUGAUGAUUGUACAUGAUGUGGCUGACAUUUGGCUGGAGUCUGCUAAGAUGUUUUCUUAUGCUGGAUGGACACAGACCUGUAACACCCUGUUUUUCAUCUUCUCCGUCGUAUUUUUCAUCAGUCGUCUCAUUAUUUUUCCUUUCUGGAUUUUAUAUUGCACACUGAUCUUGCCUAUGUAUUACCUCGAGCCCUUCUUUUCGUACAUCUUCCUCAACCUACAGCUCAUGAUCUUGCAGGUCCUUCACCUUUACUGGGGUUAUUACAUCUUGAAGAUGCUCAACAGAUGUAUAUUCAUGAAGAACAUCCAGGAUGUGAGAAGCGAUGACGAGGAUUAUGAAGAGGAAGAGGAAGAGGAGGAGGAAGAGGAAGAGGGUACCAAAGGCAAAGAGAUGGAUUGUUUAAAGAAUGGCCUCGGGGCUGAGAGGUACCUCAUUCCCAAUGGUCAGCAUGGCUGUUAGCUGGAAGCCCACAGGACUCCCACAGCACAGCAUGUUGCAAGGACUGUUGGCAGCCUGGCUUCCAAGCCCCACACAUACCCCAGAUUCUGCCCUUCCCUCUU